GCACGGUGACCUCGGCUAGCGCCUCGUCUCUCCUCCCCUCCCCAUCGGCCAUCUCGCCUGCGGGGUGCAGCGACUCAUACAGCUGAGCGAACAAGUGCGGAGAUUCCAGAGAAUCAUCGGACACAUGAAUCUCUCCCUGUUUCAUUUUUUUCUGAUUGCCGUGCUGGGUUAAAAAAGGGUGACUACUUCAGAGCUGCAGAUCCAGACCUAGAUAAGACGUGAAAGAUGUCUGCUUUGAGUGGGAAAGUCCAGACAGUGCUUGGCCCGAUCGAUCCCAUUCUGCUUGGAAGAACACUAACCCAUGAGCAUCUGACGAUGACAUUUGACUUGUGCUACCACCCACCUCCACCAGAUCAAGAGGCCCUAAUUCAUCAGCCCAUUGAGAUGAAAAACCGAUUUUGGGUACAGCUGAACCCUUAUAGCUGCAAGGACAACCUCCAUUUAAACCAGGAGACAGAGGCAGUAAAGGAAGAACUGCUUCACUUCAAAAAAGCUGGCGGUGGAACAAUUGUAGAGAAUACAACUACUGGCAUCGAUCGGGAUGUGAAGACCCUCAAGAAGCUGUCACAGGAGACUGGAGUGAACAUUAUUUCUGGAGCCGGGUUUUAUGUAGACGCUUCCCAUUCCAAAGAGACGAGAAGCAUGUCUGUUGAGAAGCUUACAGGUAUUAUCACUGAUGAAAUACUUCAUGGUGCGGAUGGCACAGAUAUUAAAUGUGGAGUGAUUGGAGAAAUUGGCACAUCCUGGCCGAUAACCGACAGUGAAAAGAAGGUCCUGCAGGCCACCGCAUAUGCUCAGACGCAACUUGGAUGUCCAGUGAUAAUCCACCCUGGUCGACAUGAAUUAGCUCCUUUUGAAGUGGUCCGUAUACUGCAAGAGGCGGGCGGAGACCUCUCCAAAACUGUAAUGUCCCAUAUGGACAGGACUAUUUUUGAGAAGGAGAAACUGCUCGAGUUUGCAAAGCUGGGAAGUUAUGUGGAGUAUGAUCUUUUUGGAACAGAAAUGCUAAACUACUAUUUCAGGCCAGAUGUUGAUAUGCCGUGUGACAAUGAGAGAAUUCAAAGUGUUCGUUUUUUAGUCGAUGAAGGAUAUGAAGACCAACUUCUCAUUGCUCAUGAUGUACACACAAAAAACCGACUCACCAAGUAUGGAGGUCAUGGAUACUCUUAUAUCCUAGAGUACAUUGUUCCCAAAAUGCUUACUAGGGGCAUUUCACAGUCUGCUGUCGACAAAAUGCUGAUUAAGAACCCCAAAAAAUGGUUAACUUUCAAGUAAUUCCUUAUCCUAAUGCAUACAGAAAUGGGAGAAAUGAUUUUUAUUUUCUAACCUUAACACCAUUUAUUUUGGGUCAAGCUAAAUUAUUUGCAAGCUAAAAUCAUAAUAUGUUGGUUAUUAAAAACAUUUUUCUUUGAUCUUAGAACAUAUUCUAUUUUUGAUCAAGUAGCUUUUCCAAUAAAGAUACAGUUUUAUGGAGCAUACAGUUGUAAUGAAUCAGUUGUUGGGGAAGUAUUCUUUUAGUCUUUCAAUAUUUUAUUUCACGUCUAUAUUCUUUAAUAAUAACAAUAAUAAUAAUACAUUUUAUUUCAGGGCACUUUUCUAAACACCCAAGGACACCGUACAAAUAAUAAAAUCAUAACACUAACAAGAACAUGCAUGUACACAUACAUGUAUACAUAUAUCUAUAUCUAUGAAACUGAAAAUAAAGCAAUAAGAAUACAGCCUAAGGUCAUGUAGUGUAAUAAGCUAAUCUAAAUACUGUAGAUAAGUCUUAAAAGGAGAUUUGAAAAUAGGUAGGGGAUCUGCGUCCUGAAUGUUUUGUGGUAGUGAGUGCCAGAGACAAGGGGCCCUGGAACCCAUACAGCAAUAAGAAUUCAACCUAAGGUCAUGUAGUGUAAGCUAAUCUAAAUAGAUAACCCUUAAGACAAGAUUUGUUAUGAUCGUGUGCACGGGGGGGUGGGUGGGAAGACCAGAUGUAGAGGACCUAAGAGUGCAGUUAGGUGUAUAAACAUGUGUGAGGUCAGAGAGGUAUAACGGAGCAGGGUUAUGAAGUGCUUUUGAAGGUAAGUAGAAAAAUUUAAAAAUCAAUGCAAAAUUUUACAGAUGCCAAUGAAGCUGUUUAAGAGAUGCGGGGUAAUGUGUUGCCUGGAAGAGGUCUGAGUUAUAAUAUGGGCAGCUGAAUUCUGAACAAGCUGGAGUUUAUGGAGAAGCUUAUGUGGGAGACCAAAGAGAACAGAAUUACGAUAAUCAAUGUGGGAUGUGACCAAUGCUUGAGUAAGGGUCACAGUGCUAUUUAGUGUGAGUGAGGGUCGCAGUGCUACAGAGAUGAAAAAAGAUGAUGGUGUAACAUUAUUGAUAUGGGAUUCAAAAGACAUAGUACUACGAAAGGUAACCUCCAAACUCUUAACCUGAGGGGAGGGAUAGACUGAUGUACCAUCAAUAUUAAGUGAAAAAUUAUUAGAUUUUAACAUAGCAGACUUGGAGCCAAUGAGGAGAACCUCUGUCUUAUGGCUGUUGAGUUGGAGGAAAUUAGAAGAAAGCCAAGAUUUUGUCCCAAAUAGACAGUCAAUGAGGCAGGAAGGAGAAAUGACAGAGCUGGGCUUUGUAGAUAUACAAAGCUGAGUAUCGUCCACAUAAAAGAAAAAAUCAUUACCAAAUUUCUUAAAAAUGCCACCUAAAGGGCACACACAUAUUAAAAACAGUAAGGGGCCGAGCACCCAUCCCUGAGGAACACCACUAGUGACUGGGAGGGAUCGUGAUAGAGAGUUUUUUAGAUGAACAAACUGAGUACGAUUAGACAGAUAUGAAGUAAACCAUAUAAAAGGAGUAUCAGUAACACCAAUGGUGGCUAACUGAUUCAACAAAGUAGUAUGUGAGACAGCAUCAAAGGCAGCACUCAGAUCGAGUAGCACAAGGAUUGUUAAAAGCCCAGCAUCAGCAGCCCUGAACAGGUUAAGAAAGAAGGUAGCAGUAUUUGUAGUUUCAUAGUGACUCUUAUGGUUCUAGUGCUGCUUUAAAAUUAGUUAAUCACUGAUAAUAUUCUCAAACCUGCACGAUCUGGGACAGUGUUUCGUAAACAUUUUCAUCUUGAGAUCCAAUCUUGCCCUGCAAGGUGCAAGCCACUCAUAAGCCUCAAGAAUAGAAAGGCUAAAUUGGACUUUGCUAAAGAACAACUAAAAAAGCCAGCACAGUUCUGGAAAAACAUUCUUUGAACAGAUGAAACCAAGAUCAACCUCUACCAGAAUGAUGGCAAGAAAAAAGUAUGGAGAAGGAGUGGAACAGCUCAUUAUCCAAAGCAUAUCACAUCAUGUGUAAAACACGGUGGAGGGAGGCAGUGUGAUGGCUUGGGCAUGCAUGGCUGCCAGUGGCACUGGGACACUAGUGUUUAUUGAUGAUGUGACACAGGACAGAAGCAGCCAAAUGAAUUCUGAGGUGUUCAGAGACAUACUGUCUGCUCAAAUCCAGCUAAAUGCAGUCAAAUUGAUUCAUGAUACAGAUGGACAAUGACCCAAAACAUACAGCCAAAGCAACCCAGGAGUUUAUUAAAGCAAAGAAGUGGACAAUUCUUGAAUGGACAAGUCAGUCACCUGAUAUUAACCCAAUUGAGCAGGCAUUUCACUUGUUGAAGACUAAACUUCAGACAGAAAGGCCCACAAACAAACAGCAACUGAAAGCCGCUGAAGUAAAGGCCUGGCAGAGCAUUAAAAAGGAGGAAACACAACAUCUGGUGAUGUCCAGGAGUUCAAGACUUCAGGCUGUCAUUGCCAGCAAAGGGUUUUCAACCAAGUAUUAGAAAUGAACAUUUGAUUUCCAGUUAUUUCAUUUGUCCAAUUACUUUUGAGCCCCCUGAAAUGAAGGGAUUGUGUUCAUAAAAUGCUUUAGUUGCCUCCCAUUUUUAUGCAAUCGUUUUGUUCACCCCACUGAAUUAAAGCUGAAAGUCUGCACUUCAACUGCAUCGGAGUUGUUUCAUUUAAAAUUCAUUGUGGUAACGUACAGAACCAAAAUUAGAAAAAAGUUGUCUCUGUACAAAUAUUUAUGGACCUAGCUGUACUUGGCAGACACUUCCCUAGAUCUAUGGGACACUUAAAAGACCCAGUGCACCAUUAUCAUCCACUCAAGAUGGGUUCAGUUUCUCCUUCCUCUUUGACUUAAGUGCACUUUGCUAAGUUUGACGAAGUUCCCGAACAUUUUUGAGAUUUCUCUGAUCUCGCGGCAAAUUGAAUUCAAUGGCGUUCACUCAUCAACG